AUGGCGGGCGCCAUUGGCAGCAUCAUCCCCCGGCUAGCUGAGCUCCUCAACAAGGAGUACAUGCUACAGAAGGGCGUGAAGCCAAGCAUCGAGUCUCUCAUGAAACAUGUGAGCUUUAUCCUGGCGCACCUCGAGGAGCUGCACAAGGUGCCGCGGGAUCAGCUUGAUGGUCCCAAGAGGCAGUGGGUCACCCUUGCCCGGGAGUUGCUGUACGACAUCGAGGAUGUCCUUGACACCUUUGCGGUGCGCGUGGUGGGCCCUGGCCAAGAACCGGAUGUGGGUUUCUUGACGAAGAUGGCUUGCAAGACCAAAGACUUGAUCAAGAAAGCGAAAACUCGUCGUAAGAUCGCAGGCGAGGUCAGUGGCAUCAACAAUGAGCUCAACGAGUUGAAGAAUCUGCGUGAGAGCUACAAGGUUGAUUCUGUUCCUAACGGUGCUACAUCUUCGCCUGACCCUCGGGCCAUGGCUCUCUACCACGAUAUGACACAGCUUGUUGGCAUCGACAACGCAAGUGAUGAGGUAAUCAACAUGUUGUCUCCUACUGGGAAUGAUGAGAAACUAAAGAUCAUAUCCAUUGUUGGGUUUGGCGGAAUGGGCAAGACAACUCUUGCCAAAUUUGUGCAUGACAAGCUGAUGAAAGGGAAGAAUUUUCAGUGUGGGGCUUUUGUUUCAGUGGGUCAGAAUCCUGAGCCGCUGGAGGGAGUCUUGAUGAACAUGAUAUCCCGACUUAGCAACAAACUGUACAAGGCCGUUCUUAGCAGUCCAAUGGAUCGACCACUACUCAUCCAUAAACUCCGACACUUCCUUCAGGACAAGAGGUACUUCAUCGUAAUUGAUGACAUAUGGGCUGAAAAGGACUGGAAUAAUAUCAAGCAUGCUUUCAUUGAUAACAAUCUUUGUAGCCGGCUAAUCACAACAACACGUAAAGUUCAUGUAUCUCAGGCAUGUUGCGGUAGUGAUGAUGGGAUUUAUAGGAUUCAACCUCUUUCUACUGAUGAUUCCAAAGUGCUGUUCUAUAGAAGAAUAUUUCAUCAUAAGGAUGGAUGUCCCCAUGAACUGGAAGACGUAUCGAAGGAUAUCUUGAAGAAAUGUGGUGGGGCACCAUUAGCCAUUCUUACUAUAGCUAGCCUUUUGGCAAAGAAGCAGGUACAAAUAAGGGAUGAGUGGUAUAAAGUUGUCAAUUCUAUUGGCCGUGGACUUACUACAAGCUCGGAUGCGGAGGGCAUGAGAUGGAUAUUAUAUUAUGGCUAUAAUGAUCUUCCUUCCCAACUGAAGGCUUGUUUAUUGUAUUUAAGUAUAUUUCCAGAAGAUUAUCAUAUUAGUAGAGAUCGGUUGGUACGAAUGUGGAUAGCUGAAGGUAUUAUUAUCCAUACAACAGAACAUCAACAGCAAAAUGAUUUGGUUGAGCUAGGAGAGAGUUAUUUCUAUGACCUCAUGAAUAGUAACAUGAUUCAACCAGGGGAUACGGAUGAUUGGGAUCGCAGCAAAAUAACAACCUGUCGUGUGCAUGAUAUGGUGCUUGAUCUCAUUUAUUCCCUUGCAAAGGAAGAAAACUUUGUCACUGUACUGGAUCGAACUGGAUACGCAUCUCCACAAGGCAAGAUUCACAGGCUGUCCCUGCAAACUAGCAGUGCAGUGCACACUAUUCCAGAGGCUACAGUUCCAAAAGUGAGGUCCCUUUUUUCGCUUAGCUCAACUAUUAAUAUGAUGCCGGCAAUUUCAUGCUUCAAAAUUUUACGUGUGCUGAGUUUAGAUGAUUGUGAGUUCGAUGAAAGCUUCCAUCUUAAGCAUCUUGGCAAAUUAUUUCACCUGAGGUACCUGCGACUAAGCUGCAGUUGUGUUACUGAGCUCCCAAAAGAGAUUGGAAAUCUUGAGUUUCUCGAGGCUCUAGACAUAUCCGGAAGCUCUAUACAGGAAUUGCCACCAACUAUUGUUAAGCUAAGACGACUGAAGUUCCUUGGUUUUUCUUACACAUUACAAUUGUCAGAUAGGAUUUCUGGUGAGAACAAAUUUUCAAAUAGGAUCGGCGGGCUGACAUCACUGCAGGAGUUGUCGACUAUAAGUAUUGAUGAAGAAAGUGAAGUUGACAUCUUGAAAGCGCUGGGAAAUCUGACAGAACUGAGGGAUCUUGAUAUUAUGUUUGGUUCCGACACCUUGGACAUGGAGGAAGCUUUGGUAGAUUCUUUGUGCAAUAUGCGCAAUCUCCGGAAAUUAAUUUUGAACAGCACUUCAGAUGAAGAUUUUCUUUUGGGGUCCAUGGAGGAACGAUGGGUUCCGCCCCGGCAUCUCACUGUGCAUAGGACACUUGAUUUCAUAUUUCCUAAACUGCCUGUGUGGUUUAAUUCCCCGCUUGAUCUCCAGUACCUCUGCUAUCUAUCCAUUCAAAUCAAUGAAAUGUGUCAGGAGGAUGUUGAAAAGCUUGGGAGGCUGCCGGUUCUUGGUUUCUUUGAAAUACAAAUUAACAUGGCAAGAGAAAGGCCGGUAAUUGGUGCUGGUGCGUUCCCAUGUGUUAAAGAUUGUAGAAUACUGGAAAAAAACUUUGGACCUGUUUUCCAACCAGGAGCUAUGCCAAAGGCUGAGAAGCUGAUGAUCUAUACGUCCGUCCGAGAGUCCAAGCAUAUUAAUUUUGACCUAGGCUUGGGGAACCUGCCUUCUCUUGAACAAGUCAUAGCAAACCUUUUCUGUGAAAAAGCACAAGACUGGGAGGUGAAGAAGCUGGAAACCAUUCUAAGAAAAGCAGCUGACAUUCAUCCCAAGAAUUUUUACCUCAAUGUGAUCCCAGAUGACAGACAUAAACAAGUUGAUGUGAUCCCAGAUGACGAAGAGCAACAGUCGGAGGGUUCGUGCGACAAAGACACCUACGACUUCAGUGAAAACGAGGAUAUCCCACCGACGGACGGCAUGUCCAAUGCAAGCUCUUGAAGUAACUCAUUCAAUCUGCAUGCAGGACAUGCAGUGGGCGGGAGAUGAUGGCAUGGCCGGGGGGCAUUCCUGGGCUCCUUUGCCCGAUGUGUUCUUCGUGACCUGGUCUUAUCUGGUCACAGAUUGGACGAGGAUAAGAUGUGAUGAUGCAGUCGAAGAUACGGAGUAUUUCCUGCGUCGUUUGGCUUCCCCUGCCGGCUGCUCUGCUUUCUUAUUCGGAAACAGGGCAAAAGCUCCUUUGCCUGCAACCCCUGUUCCUCGGAACAGAGCCCAGAGCAGGCGUUGGCGCUUGAAUGUAAAAAUGCCGGGAGGCUGGGCCAAUUCUAACAUGGGCCGCUUGCCUGCCG